CACUAAUUGCAGUAAUCGAUAGCCGAUAUAUUGCACGAUAUACGAUAUGCGAUAUGCGAUAUACGCUACGAUUCGUGCCUAUUUGGGCUUCAUUAAUUAUUUCGAUGUCGUAAACUGUGUGUGGCGAGCGCUGCUCAUGUUAAAUCAAUUAAUUGCCAUUCGAUUUGGCUGAUGUGGCAAAUUUUUGCGCGUUGUUGUCAAUCUUUUGGGUGCCGGUGCCCAUGAGAGACUUUUAUCUGUAUCUGUAUCUGUAUCUGUAUCUGUGGCUGUGGCAGUCGAUGGCAACGGCAUGCUGGAAAUGGGUUUUAGUUUGGCCGUCAAGGCGAAAACCUGCUACAACAACAACAACAACAACAGCAACAACAAUCACAAUGACAACAUGAAGAACAGUUUUGUAGUAUGUAUAAGCCCCACAGACAAACAAUUAUAAUCAAAAAUAAUUGCCUCAAAUCAUAAAUGUCAUGUUGAAAUUGCAUUAAAUUUAUGAAUGACAUUAUUAACAGAGACUUGAGCCGCAAGGCAGAAAAGCCCACGUUUAGCGAAUAAUUGGAAAAUGUUAAGAAGGAGGAACAUGGAUUAAUAAAAAAAAAAAAAACAACUAGAGAGUUGAAAUAAUCAAGCAACCCAUAUCAUUGCUCGAAUAUAAAAUUCAAAGCUCCUUAGCCAAAGAAGCACAUGCUUAUCCUCAUGUUAAAUUUUAAUUGACAGUGUUGCGAAACCUCUUAUAAAUAUGGCAUAGGCAGGUAACUGUAACUCUCUUAGACCCGAAUUUACUUAGCUCAACAUCCGUCUUUCUGUGCCUGAAAUUUAAUGUGUAAUUAUUCUCAUUACUCUUUCAUUACCGGCACUUCCCACACAAGAAUGGCAGACUUAUGAGGAGAUUAAGUCUGAAGUAUUUUGGCAUUACUCUAUAUAAAUUUAUCUAUAUAUAUAUAACAGUAGGUAUAUGUGGUCAGAUGUAUGCAUCUAAAGCUUUGUUUUGUUAUUGUAGUAUUAUUGAUGAGUUUUUACUUUGUGCUACCAUCUUUGGGCACAUUAACGACGGGCUCGUUAAGUUUGAUUGGCGCUCGUGUCUUUUUGUUUUGACCAUUGCAAACGGAUGUCUGCAAUGUGGCCAAAAUGUUGUGAAUGCGUGUUGUCAUUAGUUGUCCGGCGGCGGCAUGUCAAAUGGCAAAUGAUUUGUGGAUUUGGCACUGGCUGCGACAAGUGAAGUUGACCGAGGAUGGUCAUAGAUACGGGUGUUGAAGUGGUAUCGUCUAGGGAGUACUAACAGCAAUUAGUUUUUACAUAACCUGGCCCAAUAAAUGCUGCACCGCCGCAUCGUUCGUGUUCAAGGAAAGUUGUCACAAUCGACACAAUACAAUAAAAUCGUGUGCCUUGAACGCAUAGAAAGUAAAGUUUUUAAAUAAAAUGGAAUUCUACAUGGGGCAUUUGGGUCAGCCGAAAUCACGAUUAUCGAUUAUGCGGCUUUAGCUUAUAAAAGCUCUCCCACAUAUGGUUGGAUCAGUUAGUAAUUGCACAGAAUGUCGCCCAACUGGACGUACUUGCUAAUUGUCAGCUCUACUUUGCUGCUGCUUGAACGAGCCUUCGCGGAUGUGGCUCACUUCUUUGCGGCACCCUCUGAAUUUGGCAGCUAUCAGCAGGGACAAACGCCCUUUCAGCUGGCCUUUGCGCCACCUGCUCUAUAUGGACCGCCAGCUGGCAGUCCUGUGACUCCAGCACCUGUGGCACCCGUAGCGCCUGCUACCACGGAGUUUAGUCUGCCAGAGAUAAUUGAGAACCGCAGCGUUAAGGGUUCCAGUCAGGGACAUGGCAAUUUUAUUCCCCUGAGCCAACAUUACCUUCCACCCGGCAAUGAGGAGCGACCCAGCUAUGAAAUUCCUAAGCCAAGCCAUGAGUUCGAGGGCUACUAUUAUCCACAGCCCAGCGCCAGCAGCACCACGCGCAUUCCCGCGACAACAACAACAACGCCACGCCCCAUCAUUGUGCAGGAGCCCGGAGAUGAUGAUGAGCCUUUGUCCUCACCUGGCUAUGAUUAUAAUGCGCCGCCGCAGCGCCCCUCAACGCCAGCGCCCGUCUACCUGCCGCCAGCGGAGAACAGUCCGCAACAGCUGCGCCUACGCCUCAAGGAUAUGCGCUGCCUGCAGUUGGGCUACUUUCGUGCAGUGUUAAAACUGGACAGUUUUCUGGGUGCCGCGCCAGUGCUGGAAAACGACAACGAGGAAGUGCAGGACAAACAGUGCGAGCUGAAGCUAUCGCGCAGCUUUCUGCUCUUGGACAUUGCGGGCGCAGACUUUGAGCGCUGCGGAGUGCGCACUUGUGGUCAGGACUUGUGUCUGCGUCUGCGUUUUCCGGCCAUACGCGGCCUCCGCACUGGCGGCGACUCCAUUCUGACGCUGCACUGCAAGACGCAGGAACGCGUGGCGGUCAAGACGCAUGCACUGAAAAUGGGCGUGGCCAAUGAUGUACAGGCGCGCAGUGUUGGCAGCUAUGCCCAUGGUGGCAAUCAGAAUGCCUUUCGCACCCACGUGGAACUACUGAGACGGGGCACCAAUGGCUAUACGCGACACCUGGAGAGCAACGGGGCGGUACAACUGGGCGAGGAGCUGUUGCUGCGCGCACAUGUCCUGGCUGGCGAUGGCUGGAACUACACCAAGCUAAGUGACGUGCAGCUGCAACGCAUCUCAGCAGCUGGCGAGGUUUUGAAUAGCGCCCAGCUGAUCAACCCACGCGGCUGUCUGAAUCCCGCCAUGCAGAGCAUCUGUGCGCAUGCGCCCAGCCCUGAGCUGCCGUUGGGCCAGCGACUGCAGUUUCGAGCCAUCAUGUUUCCGGGCAUGCACAGCGGCGAUGUGCUGGUCAUGUCCAUGCGCAUUACGGCCUGUCUGGAGCGCGAAGAUUGCCAACUAACGGCUCAGGAUUGCCAACCAGGUGUGGCACAGAGACGACGACGGGAUACUCGGCUGGUUGCCGAUGGCAAUGGAACAGAGGCUUCGGAAUUGUCUCACAUAACCUUCAGGGUAAUUAUGCCGCACAUGAGCUUCAUGGAGGAGCAGCCAGCAGUUGUCAGCGAUUUGGCCAAUGCGAAUGUGGCUGAAAGCACCAAGUCGUUGGCUUUGUUUGGCAGCGUGGCUUUUGUGGUCCUGCUGCUGGGUGUGGCCGUAAUGGCGCUUUAUAAGCUGGGCAAAUAGCUGGCCGGAGAUAGGGAUAGGAAAAGGGACAGCAUAUCUUGCUACCUCUAAAAGAAAACAUUGAGUGUUGUUGCAUAUAAAACUUAUCAUUACCUUAAAUAAAUUGAAAAAGGCUCUUCUGGUCACCUUCCACCUAUAUAUUAAA